UACAAACUAUUACGUACAGCGCUCUACAGCCUUCGUUACGAUGAAGCUGACGAAGCAUGGACGAUUUACGAAAAAAUGGUGCAGUGCAAAGUCCAUAAACAGCUCAAACCGAACCAUUACGGCCAGCUACUCAACCUUUUAAAGUUUGGAAAUCACCGUCAUUUAGCUCAUAUGUUGACCCUCGUGAAGAAUAUGGAGCAGCAGCACCUUACGAAACACCAUCCAUACCCAAAUCCACGGCAUCAUUCCCAGAUUCUUUACGCGAUGGCACGACUAGGCUUGGUCCGAGAAGCCUAUGACUAUCUACAACAUCUCAUCCAAAAGGCAAAUGAGACGAAUAAAGAAGCACUGUACCCUACGGCCAAUCAUUUUCAACUCUUGGCAUCAGCGCUGAGAAAUAGCAGUAGUAGUAGUAGUAGUAGUAGCAGCAGCACACACCUCGACCUCCAUCGAACGAAAGGAAUCUCAGAUCCAGCCUUACUGACAAAAUUUCUACAAUUGUCAGAUCAAGCGUAUUCCAAAGCAGCAGCAACAGCAGCAACAACACAGAGUAGUACUGACCAUCAAACGGAAAAUCAUCUGUACAAUGUCUAUGUGUAUACAGCUCUGAUCGCUUCUUUUGCUCAAAGAAAUGAUAUGAAAAAAGCACAGCGUAUUUUUGACGAGAUGCUGAUUUCGGGUAUAAAGCCUUCGAAAGUCACCUAUGGAGCAUUGAUCAAUGGAUAUGGAAGGUUAGGUGAUCUUGAUACAGCAACGAAACUAUUAAACCAAUACGACAAACGAUUUCGAUACCCUAAUCAAGUCAUUUUGACAGACAUGCUUGUCAACGCCAUCCGCCAUCACGAUUGGGAUUUAGCAGAAAAAACCAAUGCAAGAAUUCGGAAGCAGUUUCGUGAAUAUCAGCUCGAUUCACUCACAAAGACAGCCAUACAUUGGUUGAAAACAAAGCACAACGUCGAGGAUGCGCAACAUUAUUUUGAUAGCUUGUACGAACAGUACCCAGAGCAAGUGAAUCGUAUUAUGGUCAACAUGUUGAUCGAGGGUUAUGGCGACAAGAAGGACAAAAGGAACGUUCUUGAAGCCUAUUCGCUAUUGAAGCGUUUUGGCAAAGACGGUGAAUGGACGCGAUCAAAACACCAUUUAUUACAUGCUUUGUUCAAAUGCCGUGACGUGCCGGCUGCCAUGUACACUUUUUUGGCGAUGCGGAAGGAAACCAUACCAGACGAUAUUACUCUGGCCAUGGUGAUACAGGGUUUGGUGAUGAAUCAUCAACCCAAGGUCGCCUACCACUUAUUUAAAAUUAUUCAGGACGAAGGCAUUGAGCCCAAUCUUCAAGCAUAUACCAGUGUUUUCAAAGCCCUCAGUCGUUUAGAGAAAAAAUCAAAAGACGCCAAAGGAGCUACUCAUCGUAUAGAUGCUCCUCCUAUCCCUCCGGCGACGACGACGACAACGACCAUCCUCACGAACAAAGAUAUCGCACUCGAAGCGUCUCACCUAUUUCAAAGAUUGACAGGGUUUAAACGACCUAAUAUUUAUAUUUAUACCACACUUAUCUCCUGUCUUGCCAAGACUGCCUUAAUGGACGCUGUUCGCGCGUUUGACGACAUGUGUGCACGACAGAUUCAACCUACAGUCCAAAUUUAUACCGCACUUAUUCAAGGAUCAGCCAUAUUUAGAAAUAGUCGAAUUGCAUUGAUGGUCUUUCAGCAUAUGCGUGAACAGAAUGUAGAACCAAAUCAAAUCACUUGGCACUAUUUAUUAAAAGCGCUCGUUAGAUCACGCGUGGACAAAGAUACCAUAGACAGGGUAGCUGCUUAUAUUCGCAAAUCAAAGCAACAGCAACAACAACAACAACAACAACAACAAAAGUAA